UUUGGCCGUCGUGGUGCACAUAACAGAUGUCGUGUGCGCGGUUUCCUCUUUCGGACACGUAGGCCGAGGACAGACGGGGGGCCAGUUUCAAACACGCUACCUUCCUUCGCCCUUGAACUGAUUCGAUACAGAUUCGCUCCUGACUGCACAACCAUCCCGAUGAAUUAUCUAUCAUAUAGCUACAUCACUAGUAAUUAUCCCAUCAAUGCAGGAAGA